UGAUGUCAGAACGGUGGCGGUUAGUCUGAGCCGGUGACCAUGGCGGAGGAUGUGGGCUUUCCAGAGGAGACUUUAAGCAGAAGUCUGAGGCUGUUGGUCAGUCUGGGUCAAAUCUUACUCCAGAAUGCCCAGCAGGAAGCAGCAGCCUCUCUGGAGACCUUUCUUCCCCACAAGAUCACUACUUUAUUUGGUCUGAUCACUGCUGGGGGAAAUUUCUAUAGAAGCAUUGGAGUGAAGACAAAAGGUGAAGCAGAGGCCAUUUGGCAGAAAUUUUACCACCGUCCAGCAGUCAGAGAGCAGGUCGAGGAGCUGCUGAAACUGGAGAAUGAGUGGGACUCCUUCCUGCAGAGCGUGGACAAAGGUUUGCAGCUGACUGAUGAGCAGCUGCCAGGAGCAAAGACAGCAGACAGCCUGAGUCCCGACUCUCUGUUCACCGGAGCACGAUCAGGAGAGAGCGUGACUCUGGGUCAGUUCCUCGGUCAGGGCCAGAAGCUGCUGCUGGUUCUCCUUGGACAUUUUGGAUGGCUGCCGUGACGGGACCAUGUGGCCGAGCUGGAGGCCAAUCGGACGCUCCUGGAGGCUCGGUCCGUGCGGGUCGUGGUGGUUUCCUUCGGCAGGGCGGAGGGAGCUCAGCUGUGGCUGCAGGAGACCGGCUGUACCUUCGAAAUGCUGCUGGAUUCACAAAGAAAGGUCUACAGGAGUUUUGGCCUUGGCUCAUCCUUCUCCAAGGUGUUGAAGUUUGGCUGCCUGAUGCGGUUCUCAGAGUACAGCGUCGCAGACAGAGACUUCCCCGACUUCCCGUAUCGCCUGUUGGAAGACAUUUACCAGCUGGGCGGGGACUUUUUAUUGGACGAAGGGGGAAAGGUGCUUCUCUGUCAUCCAUCCAAAAACCCUCUGGACAGAGCGAGUCUGACGGAUGUCCUGCAGGCUGCUGAGGCCGACUCUGCCGUCUCUGAGGAAAAACACGAACACGUUUAAAAAAAAGCUGGAAACAUCGACGCCACGGAGGAAGACCAGCUCCUUGAUGCACGUCGAUGACGUCUCGUCUUGCACUCAAGAAGAGAUGCGACUGAUGGUGACUGUGCAGAAAGGACCAAACUGAUCUUCUUUUGUCAUAUCGGUGUUAUUCAGGAUGAAAAUAGUUCUAUAUCUUCAUUAAC